GAGGAUAACACAACUUGGUAUAGUCCCACACAAACAUUAUCACCACCGUCCACCACCACCUACUCCAAUAUAUUUCUCCAUGGCUAAACUGGCCAUUAAAUCUGCUUCCCAGUUCAUCACCAUCCUUCUCCUCUCCGCUCUCAUCAACUCAGUCUCCGCAGCAGAUCAAAACCAUGAAUUUGUCAAAACCAUGGACAGAAAACUGUUCGGUCUCAAGAAAGAAAAGCUGAGCCAUUUUCGCAUGUAUUGGCAUGACAUAGUCUCCGGCUCUAACCCUAGCGGCGUUCAAGCAGUUCCGCCGCUAAAUUCUUCCAAAACCGGGUUUGGUAGCGUACAGAUGAUCGAUAACCCGUUAACCUCAGGCCCAGAGAUGAGCUCAAAGUUACUGGGACAAGCACAAGGGUUUUACGCACAGGCUUCACAGCAAGAUAUCGGGCUUUUAAUGGUUAUGAAUUUUGCUUUUGUUCAAGGUAAAUAUAAUGGUAGUACGAUCACUGUUCUUGGCCGGAACAGCGUGCUUUCUAAGGUUAGAGAGAUGCCGGUGAUCGGAGGAAGUGGGCUUUUCCGGUUUGCUAGAGGCUAUGUUCAGGCCAGCACUCAUAAGUUUGAUCUUACUACAGGAGAUGCUACAGUUGAGUAUAAUAUUUAUGUGCUCCAUUAUUGAUGAUGAUUUAAUUACUCAUUUUGUUCUAAUUUAUUUUCCUAUAUGGUGUGAUGAGUUGUAAUAAUUAGUCUGGACCACUUUUUGUUAUUGUUGUUAUUCAUUUCCUAUGAUCAGUGGGGUUCAUUGCUAUUAUGGAAUUAUGCUUUUUAUUUUU